UUUUGCUCGGGCGUUCACGUCGCGGCGCGUUAUGGCCGUCCACGUUCACGUUGGGUCGCGCGGAGAUCACGCUGCGCCCGCUCUUUGAAGUGUUUUCGUUGCCGCCUACGCCCGCUUCGGCCUCGCUGUCCGUCGCGUCGUUUCGCGUCACCGAUGCUCCGGCUUUAACUAAUUCAUCACGCCUCGUCGAGUUUUCCCUCGAAUUUGUGUUUGCGGUUCCUGUGACUCUUGAGGAAGAGUGGAACCUGAUUGUGAACGGACACUAAAUACGGGAUAUCGGGAACAGACAGUGAUCACGUAUUAUCCUGCAUGCUGAACCCUGCUCAGUGUCGGAGCGAGGAUUUAUUCGACGCGCAUCCGCAGACAGUGGGAUUAUUUAUACGUUUUCGCGACUCGCAAUCGUGCUCCGGCUCCGCGCUCCGGGCCGCGAAAAAGUGAUAAAUCAAACUUGGGACGCUCCUGGCGACGUUCAAUGAUGUAGCCCUCGCGGCUCGUGAUCGGCACCCGACACCAGGAGGCACCUCUCGCCCGUGAACCAAGAGGUCGGCCACCACCGCUGCAUCAUGCUCGAAGUUUUGGUCAGCGUCUCCCAUUUUGCUGUGUCGACGCCGGCAGUGGUGGGGAUAUGUCUGGGGACGACGCUGUUCUUGACGAUGGUGGGAGCGGCGACCUGCUUCUGCUACCGGCGCCGCUACGUCACGAUUGGCCGGAACAAGCUGAGCGGCGAGAAAACCCUGGUUUUCCAGCACCGCCGCUCCACGGCUGUUCGCAGCCCCGCUUGCUCGCAAACCACCACGCACUACUUGAAGAAGACCCCUAGCCCCUCAUCAUGUGCACCCAGCUUAUGUGGCUCCGGGGCAAACAGCCCAACCGGUACAGCCCCUUCUGCUCGUAUCUCUCCCCGGAACAGUCCAACUAGUGAGCAGCCACCGGCGCAGCCAUCUGCAGAGGGUGUUGUUGCAGUCAAGAUGCAUACGGAAAAUGAAUGUGUACCGUUACCUCCAAAAGAGGAAACAGAACCAAGUGAAAAAAGCAAGGUUUUGCAGGAACAAAACGGCUCUGGAAAACUGGGACAACUUUUCUUCAAACUCAGAUACAAGAAAGAGAAGUCCAUCUUGAUAGUGAGUGUUUUAAAAUGCCGCAAUCUUCCAGCAAAAGAUGCAAGCACAGGGAACUGUGAUCCGUACAUCAAAUUGCAAUUGUUACCAGACAAGCAGCAUAAGGUCAAAACUCGAGUCUUACGCAAGACGAGGAAUCCAAUUUAUGACGAAGACUUCACUUUUUACGGGAUCAACACCAAUCAGCUGCAGAGCAUUACUUUACACUUUGCUGUGCUGAGUUUUGAUCGAUACUCUAGAGAUGACAUCAUCGGAGAAGUAUUUGCUCCACUAUCAUCGAUUGAUUUGGCACAUUUGGAGAAUCAGCAAAUUUCCCUUUGUCGAGAUAUUCAACCCCGCAGCAUGAAGAUUCGAUCUCAAGGGCGAGGAGAGCUGCUUGUCUCCUUAUGCUGGCAGCCUGCUGCUAAUCGAAUAACUGUCGUUGUUUUGAAGGCAAGGAAUCUCCCAAAAAUGGAUGUAACAGGUCUUGCAGAUCCAUAUGUAAAGAUGUAUUUACUCUACAACGGACAACGAGUGGCGAAAAAGAAAACACACGUAAAGAAACGCACGCUCAACCCAGUUUUCAAUGAGUCCUUCGUUUUUGAAAUACCUAAUGGAGCAGACAGUUUGGCAAACAUCAGCCUUGAAUUUUUGCUUCUCGAUUGGGACCGAGUCACCAAAAAUGAGGUGAUUGGGCGUCUGGAACUGGGUGGUGCCAAAAAUACAGGACCUGCUCUGCACCAUUGGAAUGAAGUAUGCAACAGUCCGCGACGACAGAUUGCAGAAUGGCACAAACUACGGGAAUAAUCUCAAGAACGCAAAUCACUCCAAAGGAAAGAUGAGGAAAUUCUGUGUCCAUCAUAAUUUCUGACAUAUUCAUAAGUGUGUAAUAGUAUUAGGCAUCAGAAUACUCCACAAAGUUGAUACCCAACUACUUGAGUACAUAGUCAGUUUAGUGAACAUCUGUGUCUAUACUAUGCUCCCCUGUUAGCUGACUUACAGGAUCCCUUUUGUACUAUUUUAUACCUUUUGGAAUGAGGAUUUCCUUCCGGCAAGGAAGACUCUUUCAAUCACAAUUUUCUGACUUUCGAACAACAACCGAUCCAGUUAGCAGACGUAAUGGGAAAGAAGUCAGAAUCCCAAACGGGCAAGAAAAUUCGACAUCCCGCACCUUCAAAAAAGAACAAGAAUUAACUGGUAGUUCCCUUGCAGAAUCCCCAAUACCUGCUGAAAAAUGAAGACAAAAAAUAAUUGUUUUCAAUGUUUCUCCAGCUUUUCUUAAGCAUAACUUUGACUGACAUGAAAAAAAAUGGGAGAGUUACUGAUCUGAUUCUGCAAUAUAUAAUGAGAAAAAGAAUGGGAUAAAACUCUCAAUUUUAUUAAUCGCCCAAGAUUUGUAAAUUCAAUUUUUUUAGUCAAUGUAAUUAUGAAUCUCAACUUUACUCUGCAUUUACUAAUAUUUCAUUUCAUCACAGUAAUAUAAUCUCCAUUUACUACCUAUUUUUUUUGGAUACCACCAUAUCAGACUCAUUUGGUUGGUGCACACAUCCAAGCCCUUCUUUGUUUAGAUGUGUCUUGGAACUUAAUUUUACUAAAAGUUCCAAUAACUCCUUUUAAAUUCAGAACCAAGAGGAAACAACUUUCGCAUCAAUUUCAAAACGCAUAAAAUCUUGUUUGACUACAGCUUGUCUGAACUGUUUCCCCUGAUACUUUCACAACUAAUAAAUAACUUUCCCUAAAAUUAGACUGCUUUAAUACAUGGAUUUGCACUAACUGACUAGGCCCUUGUAAAUAGUAAGAAAAUAAAUUAAUAAACCUUGAUUAUUUUCAGUGUCAGAAAUCCACACACUAAAGAUAUGAUUCCACAAACCAAGAAUAAUUAUGAGACCCUUCCUUUUUAUUUUACAUUUAUUAAGGACUCAAGAGUGAUUUCUUUAAGCUUUACACUGAUCGGUUCUAUUGCUGAAACCAAUGAUUACGACUGUUUGCAAAUAUUGUGUGACAUCUACACAGCAACUCUAAUGAAUUAAAAGAUAUCCUUGUUUUUAGCUUCUUUAAGAUAGUUUUAACCAAGCUAAAAUUAGUUUGUCAAACUGAAUGUGCUGACCUCACUAAACUAGUUCAUUCCCAGUUCGGAAAAAGUUCACCUAAAUGAACAAAUCGUGAAUGCAAGUUAAACAGCCCCUAAAGCUCACUUCCAGUGGGAUCAAAUUUACCUUCAUGAGCUUUACUGAAUAGUUAAGUUUUUCUUUUGAUGUCAAAAGGAACAGAUUAUUGAAUUCAGUGGUUCAGCUCUACUUAUAAGGGCUCAAUUUCGUUUUCAUCCAUUGAGUUUUGAUCAAGAGGAGGAACUAUAAGUUGAUUUUUGCCCUGCCCCUUUUCCUCACAUCAUUCCAUCUUUUUUAAAUCAUGAUUUGCUUGGCUUUUUACAUAAUGAAUACAUGAAAAGCUAAUUCUUUAUUUUCAAUUUUAAAUCCUAUUUUUGUACCCUCAUAGGUAAUACUCAUCUAUAAAAUUUAACGACCGUUUUUACAAACAUACAACUUUUGCGAUGAACCUCUUCUGCAGCACAAAAUAGUAAUACUGUGAUAAUUGCUCGUUUGGAGCAAAGGAAUCUCCGGAAAUUUUUCUUAGCCAGGUAGGCAACUAUCUUCCCUUGGAGUUGGCAAAAAUUUUAGGUGUAGGUAAGGCAUAACUACUUCCAUCAUUUUUGGGCAGUGCUCGGAUUAAAAUUGUCCACCAUAAAUGAACGAACAUAUAAUAUUUAAUCACUACCUUGCUCUCACUUUAAACUUCAUUUUUUGAAAAGGCACUUCUGUCAAAUAAUCAGGUGCCGACUUUUGGUUAGAUUAUGCAACCGGUCUAGAAUUGCAUCUGUUGCUUACUUGUAAAUCUGUAAGCCACUCACAUUGGAAUGAUGAGAUUCAAUUUAACUUAUCUAGGAAAUCAAACUACUGUAUAGUUAAUAACCUCUGAUGGGCCUUUGGUCAAGGUAUGAAUUCAAGCACUCCCGAGGACGUUCUCUCUUUGAAAUCUCAUGAGGAAAACGCACCACACGAAAGGCAGUCCAGAAAUCUAAACCUAAAUAAGAUAUAAAUUUGUCCAAUUUAAUUGAUGAAACAACAAAAAAACAAAUCCGUCAUUUAUAUAAACUGAAAAAACUUGUUGAUAUCUCAUUCAGGAGUUGAUCUCAGCUCUGUUGAGUGAGUAGCUUUUUAAGUAGGACUUAACGAUAUAACAUGUGGCGUUUUUUCCUAGUUCAGACCUUAUCUAGUGGCCCAUUUGGACGUAUUUCUGUCAAACGGAACUAUGUGCAUUAAGACAUGAACUCUGAGGCCCAUAAGCAUACAUGCAUAACAGGGCUCACGUCAUAUUGCACAUAGUUCCAUUUGACAGAAAUACGUCCAUUUAUAAAACCUUAUUUAUCCACCUAAAAAUACUGGCACACAUUUUGGGAAAAAGCAACGUGAACCCACAAGAUGUACAGCUACAGACGCAGAGAUUAGUCAGAAAUUUAGAGAUACAAACUUACAAAAUAAAUUAGAUUUCUGGUUUCUUCGGGGAAGCCUUGGUUUCUAAUUUAGAAAACAGAUUUGAUCUCUGAGGGAAGGAUGUGUCCCCUCAAAAUGCUUCUGCAUUUCAACUUUAUAAAUGAGCAGAGCUCAAGUUGUUAACCUUUCGAUCUAUUAUUUCCAUUUAAUAUCCAUUCCCAUUGACGUAUACUUAAUCACUUGUUCAUAGAAAAACAUAACUUUUAAGUUUCUUCUUACCAGUUUUACUUCUUUGUCUCUUUCUUUAUUGUUUUUUUAUUUUUUGCAAAUGUGUAAACUAAUACACUCACACCAAAUGAAAAAGUAAGCCUCAUGAUGGAUGUUCCCCACUUCCUGUCAAUCCAUGCUGACUGCUGAUGUCCCUGUCUGGACACUGUUGCUUUCUUGAUUUUUCGCAACUGAUUUUAUGUUUACUAUCAUUCUAUGUUAUUUAAUUUUAGCUGAAUAAAACUACUUUUUUUUAUAAUACA